UUGGUAUAGCCACGCACAUAGCCCAUCGAGAGUGAAGAUGAGACAACGGCCUCCUUAGAUCAGAUCAGAUCACCAUAGGCCAUAGCCCAUAGGUAGACAAGGAUUGUAGCCAUGAGCAGCACACCGCUUCUCCGUUUGCUCCAUUUUCUGCUCCUCCUCCUCCCCGCUCCCCUGCACGAUUACUGCUUCCCUCGGCUGAGCUCCGGCGGCCUCGACGUGUACCAUCCAUUGAUUUUGUUCGCCGGCUUUGGCUGCCCCGACCUGGAGGCUCGCCUGACGGAGGCCUACACGCCAUCAGUGCCGCGCUGCGGUGCGCUCAAGGGGAAGGGCUGGUUCCCGAUAUACAAGUUUAACACCUUGGACCUGGUGGAACACGACUAUGUGCCGUGCUUCCAGGAGCAGAUGGCCCUCGUCUACGAUCCCGUCCACAACAAGUACCGGAACCUCGCCGGCGUCGAGACGCGCGUCCUCAACUUCGGCUCCGCCUACGGAUUCAGCGAGAAACAGAUGGUCCCCGACCGUGAGAACCUCUGCCUUGUAAGCCUCCGCAAGGAGCUAGAGGCGGUGGGCUACCGCGACGGCGACACCCUCUUCGGAGCUCCCUACGACAUGCGGUACGCCCCUCCAUCGGAGGGCUACGUCGCGCGUGUCCAGAAGCUGGUGGAGCACGCGAGCAGCAAGAACGGGGACAAGCCGGUCAUCCUCGUCGGCCACAGCUUCGGCGCCACGGCCGUCCUCGGCUUCCUCACGUCCACCCCCUUGCCUUGGAGGAACAAGUUCAUCAAGCACCUCCUCCUCAUCUCGCCCCCGCCUCCCACGGGCUUCACGCUCACCAUCACCCAGCUCACCUCCGGGCCGUCCGUCUUCCAGAUCGCCACCGUUCCCAUCAUGGAGCUGCGGCCGCUCUGGAGGACCUUCGCCAGCGCUCUUCUGACCAUGCCCUCCCCUGUGGCCUUUGGACACAAGCCCCUUGUGAUAACCAAACACAGGAACUACUCGGCCUACCACAUGGAAGACCUUCUUCUGGCUCUCGGCUUCACCGCCGACCAAACGCUGCCCUUCCUCAGGCGCCGGACGCUCGAGGUGGAGGCGCCGUUGGUUCCCACCACGUACAUCAUCGGCGGUGGCAUCAAAACACCGGAGCAGCUGGUGUUCUGGGAAGGCGACUUUGACGUGCCUCCCGAGAAUGUGUACGGCGAAGGAGAUGGAACCGUCAAUAUGGCCAGCCUGCUAGCGUUUGGGAAGGAGCUGCGUAGGCAGCAAGAGCGGAAUAACGUCCACUUCAAGGCCCUCGCAAUUGCUAAUGCUACACACGCCGGCAUUGUCUUGGAGGAACAUUUACUCAGGAUGGUUAUGACAGAGAUUCUCCAAGCAAAUCGCUAGCUCACUCCGGCAUGCCAGAUUGUGUUAUUAACUUAUUAUCAAAUCAAAUAAUGAAUAUGUAUUUCUAGAGCAAAUGGGGGGUUUUUCCAUGGCUGCGACAACUUAAGCAUUUGAAGUUAAA